AUGACACGGACGCAUCCCCCUGAUAUACUGGCAUCGACUCUAUAUCAGGACAUUACUCUAAAUCCCAUCACCGACCACUCCAUUUCUCUCCACUCCUCCCGGCAAUGUGACUUGAAAAUGAUUGAUAAACCAGAAAUCAUCAACAAAAGACACUGCCGUAGCUUUGACUUCAUUGAGUCACUGGAUGACCCGCAGUCCCUCUCAUCCUCAAUGGAGUACCCUUACAAGAGGACUGAGCAUCAGACAUUAAACAAAGAUCUAAUGUGGAAUGGACUAGAUCAACAAGGACAUCUUCGCUUUUCAUCCCCUGAUCUGUUUAACACCAGGCAGUUCCAGCAGCACACCAGCCAAGACAAAACCAGCCAUCUUACGUGGUCGGAUUCUAAAAAGAGAACAAGAUCUAAAAGUGCUCCCAGAAUUAAGGCCACUCUCACUCCUGUGCCCAUCUCAGUGUCUCCUCCAGGAGCCAGGAAGGGGAGGGAUGCACCUCAGGCUGCGUCAGAUACCUUGAGGACUUCUGAAACACAUCGAGAAUCCUACUCUUCAAACAGGGCUUUUUUGAAUGAGGUGCAUCCUAUCAAACUGCAGCCUCAUUCUCCUCUCUAUGUCUCAGACUGUUUUGAGGAGGACAAACCAGAUAAACCAGCCAUAACCCCUCAUGUCAGGUGCCGUGUGGAUAUUAAACCAGAUGCUGCUGUACUGCAGCACACAUCCAGGCAGGUUCCCAGUGUACGAACUGAGCAUCUCUGGCAGAGAUACUCCCAAGCCAGUAGCAGUAGAGGUUUGUAUGUACCACGGCAGAUUGUAUCCUCACCAACGCCCACUCCAAGCGAAUGCUACAGUGGAGACUUUAGACAAGGAUACCACUACACCACCAGCAUGUCUCCCAUCUCUUACCAGCAUCUAGAUAUGCACAGAAUGCCAUCGCCAACAGCACCAUAUCUGAGUCAAGAACAAAGAGCUUACUCAAAUCCUAACAUACCGACCAAGUUUUUCUAUACAGAGGACCCUGUUCGAUAUCCGGUCCAUCCCUAUUCUAGAGCAUACUUUCAGGAUGAUCGGUCCAGUUUAACCAGCCAUGGUAGUACAGUGACUAGUCAGUAUGAUCCAAGGACUCGAUGGGUGCACACCCUUCCCGUCAGGUCGUAUUACACAGACCACCUGUCCAACAGAGAACCAGCACACUCUGUAUAUGGUAGGCCUUACUCCACAAGUGAGGCAGGAUCGUACUUUUCUCAAACUCCUUUAUCCCGAGGUUACUAUGGAGAUGACAACCGGUUCAAUCCAUACCAUAUGAGUAGCUCAAGGGUGUUUUAUUCCAAACCAUUCGGCUCUCCUGAGGAGCAGUACUUUCCAUCCCGGCCAUAUCACACAGAGGGUCGUCGACGCCCUCGAAUGUCCCAGGCCUUUUCAGAUGACUGGUAUCGCUCUAGUAUAUCCGGUUACUCUAACCAGUCCUCUCAGCAUACACCACCAAGAGUAAGGCAAGACCCCAGUAUACCCCCAUGGUUUACUGGCAGCUGUGCGGAGACAAGUAGACUAGGAGCAGAGGUAAAAAACCACUCAAAGUCUUGGGACAAUAUUUUAUAUCCACGGCAUGACAGAGAGCAAACGGUGCCUCGUGGACGAAGCUAUGAGAACCUGUUUUAUCAAGCUAGGCAGGCAGCAUCCUCAGAUGUUACAUCUCAGCCUGUUAUACUUAACCUCUCAAGUUCGCCAAGGCGCUACGCGGCACUGUCACUCUCUGAAAACUCAUUAGAGAGGGGCUCAAGCAAUCCGUGGAGGAAUACCAAGACUGGGCACUGGUUUGUGACACCUGAGAUCACCAUAACAGACAAUGACAUAUGUGCAGCCAAAGGCAAGCAGCGCGAUGUGCACUCUGUCAGCUGGGAUACUUUGGACGGUGAAAAGACACCAUCUCCAAGAGAAGUAGCCCUGAAGCAGCCCUCCACCACAGCAGACAUAACCAAAGACAGGAAACACAACAACUUCUCACUCCAGCAGAGUCUAGAGCAACUGGAUGAACUCUUAGCUGAUUUGGUUGUUGAUUAUAAACCACCAACUAGCAGAAAGUCAAGUGAAGACCUUUUGGACCAGCUAAAACAACUCAUUUCUGAAGACGAUGACAAAGACAGAGUAUCUUCUGGACUUGAAAACUUAGGAUGUCUGAACACACAGCUCAUGUCCUCUAAAUCCAGCCCUGACACAAUCAAAGACCCUGAUAGUGGGUGCGAUGCUUUACAAAGGAGUGCAGAAGAAUGUUCUCCAGACCACAGCACAGACGAAGACGACACUAUGGUGUGUGCUAACAAGAAGUGCAACCGGACUGAGAGUAUGUUCAACGCGUGCUUGUACUUCAAAUCAUGUCACAGUUGCUACACCUUUUACUGCUCACGAAAUUGCCGCAGGGAUGACUGGGAGACCCAUAAAGAGACCUGUUUGUACGGUCGUGUCAGCAGCGUUUGUCGACACACUCUUAAGUUCUGCAGAGAGAAUUCAGAGAUCCACAAAGCCUUCUCUCGCGUUGCUAAAGCUGGCUACCUCUCCAGAGGGAGAGGCGUUCUCUUUCUGGGUUUUGCUAAUCCAGAGACAGCUGACAACUUCCUGCAAGUUGGGCUCGAGAGCCUCCUCAUGUCUCCCACAUACUUAUCUCUCAGAGAGCUGGAUGGCUUCAAGGACAACCUAGGUGAAUACUGCAAGGAACUGCAGCAGGCAGGUAACGAGUACGACCCCAAUGAAUGUUUCCUUUUGAAUGUAUCCAUUGCUGUUGGUGAACUAGUGCCUAAUAGACCUUCACCAAGGGUCCAAGCACCAACAGUUCGAAAAUAUGCAAAGGUGUCCUUGGCCUCCUCAAGCCCUGACAAAAAGGUACUCAAGAAGGAGAGUGAAAUGGAAACGCUCAUCCUAACUCCGCCUCCAGGCACACCGGACAUUGACAAGGAGGGGGAGGAGGGAAGAAAAGCCAGAGAGGUGUGCUUCGUCAAUAUCCAGCGUGAGCUCAGGACCAGGGGAGUCUUCCUUCGCCACGAGUACCCCAAAAUCUAUAAUCAGCUGUGUGAGUUUGUAGAGAGCAACAAAAGGUUCACUCCAACUACGAUUUACCCAAUAGAUAAGAGAACAGGGAAACAGUUCAUGUGCAUGAUCAUGGCUGCAUCUGAGCCAAGAACACUGGACUGGGUGGGUACCCCUCAUCUCUUGGAUGAUAUUAUAUAG